AGAGGCAGCUGACGGCACGGUUGUUCUUUCAACAGGCUGAUGGAGACAACAGCUUGAAGCAUGAGCAGGGACACUUUUCUGUUCAACCGCUUCACUUAACCGGUCCUUCUGGGAGUGGGAAAACCACUUGUGCUCUCUUACUAGCGUAUUUGCUCAAGCGGAAUUGUUUUACCAUAUCUUUGGGGGAGUUGAUGCGUGCCGAAGUUGGGGCUUCAGAGCAGCGAUUACGAAGGAUUCUGGACGCUGCUAGAAAAACCAUGCCUAGUGUGAUCAUUUUAGAUGGUCUCAGGAGUGAAGAUGUACCUAAUUUGGUACCGCUGGACUCAGUGCAUUUUCGCCAAGAAGGCCAGGAUGGUAUAUCAAAGAACAAGUCUGAGGCUUUUGGGGCAUUCACUGACAAAUCGAGGACAUCACAAUCUCAAAGCAGUGGCGCCUACGGGACAGAAGGACGACUGCGAUUGAUGUUGAAGCACCAACUGGACAAACACGAAGACUUGCUGUUGAUCGUGUGCAGUACGAUACCAGAGACGUCUUUGGCGGAGAGUGAAACUUGCACUGGCCCGAUAGCGGAAGAACAGACAAUCCGAUUUCGGCAUCUCACAGAAUCGGAAGCGAAGGAGAUGGCGACGAAGCAUAUCUUGGAUGACGUUGUUGUUGUUCCAAGACUUGCUGCUUCGGAUGAACCAAAGACGUCCACCAAAGCGGAACUACUCGAGCGCGUAUUGGCGUAUGCAAGCAUCUCCAAUCCAUGUGGGUUCCGAAAUGAAAGCAUCUUCCAGAAGUCCAGCACAAAACAGCUCUACUCUGCGACCAAGCUGAAGCAACUGAGGCAAGAAGCGGGUAUGGUAGCGGUGGCAAGAAAUAUCUCGGCUCGUGAAGCAGAGUUGAGAAAGGGAGAAGACACUUGUGCUUUACAAAUUGAAGAUUUCGAUGGACUCUGCUGAGCGUAGUGGACUCUCGAGUUGUGAUGAUGAUGACGUGUUUUUUGUGAGCUUGUGAAGUAGCAAUUAUCCCUUAUUCCCUCUUUCCCUCCAAUUACCUCAGA